UACAAAAUUUCCUCUUCCUUCCCGUUCGUGGUUGUAUGUCGGCUCUAUAAUAACACAACUAACCACUACAUCUUUACACUCAGAUAAAAACACUAAUUGGUGGCCGGUUAUGCGCGUAAAAGAGGAUUCCCAAACGCAUUUCGUUUAUUUUUUUCUUCUAAUUGCUGUGUUUAAUUGGAGCCCAGCCCGCACUAUCCACGGAACCGCGACACAACAGCAAAAAAUAACGAAUGAAAUCACUGAACAUUUAGCGGGUUGAGAAACUUAAACGAGGAAUAAAUUAAUGAAGGGAUGCUGGAUUUUAUUGGGCGCACCAGGCAGGUGCCCCUGAAGGCGCCAUGGAUCAACUUGGAUACAGUGAGAACCCAUUUUUAACGAGCAGGAGGAUCCAUUUCCAUCAGAUGACUGGAAGCGCUGUCCGUGGUGAGUGAGGAUCAGCCCAUAUUCGAGCCGCCCUACAGCGGAGUGCACAUGAAGGCUGAGAUGACAUCGCCCGGCGGGUUCAGCCAGGCCUCCAAGCAGAGUCCCGAGCCCACCGAGCCAGAAUGGGUGGGGUCGGCGGCGCAAAACCCUGGGAAAAGGGGCGAACACGUCAAUGGAACCAGCCGUGAGUCCCCUGUGGACUGCAGCGUCACCAAACGCUCCAGACACGUGAGCAAUGACAGCGCCCCGAUGCCAUACCAGGCCUCGUACCCGGAGCCUCGCGUCAGCCCCCAGACGGCCACCCCACCCAGCAGCACCACAGAGGAGAAGAGGGUCAUCGUGCCAGCAGAUCCAGAGGUUUGGUCACAGGACCACGUGCGGCAGUGGCUGGACUGGGCCAUCAAAGAGUACGUCCUGGAGGAGGUGGACGUCAUUCUCUUCCAAGCGCUGGACGGCAAGGCCCUGUGCAAGAUGACCAAAGAUGACAUGAUGCGUCUCACGUCGGCUUACAACGCAGACAUCCUGCUCUCACACCUCAAUUACCUCCGGCAGAGUAGCCCUACGUUCUCGUAUUCCACAACUCCCACCAACACCACACCGCCACAACAGCCCAGACUACAGGUGAAAGCAGAGAGCGGUUUUGAUGAGAUCAGCUGCAGGAACAGCUGGCCGACAAACACCAUGAGCACAGUGCCGAAAGGUCCCUCCAUGGAGCACCAACACAGCUCGAGAGUGACAGAGCCUGCUCCAAGAAUUGUGCAAGACCCGUAUCAGACAUUAGGGCCCAUUAGCAGUCGGCUAGCCAACCCAGAAGGCCAAGCCCUCAGCUCAUCCAAGAACCGAACAGGCAAACAAAGUCCGUACAAGCUCCCUGACCCCAGCGCUCACAGGCCUGUGGGCUCGGGGCAGAUUCAGCUGUGGCAGUUCCUGCUGGAGCUGCUGUCCGACAGCAACAACGCCAGCAUCAUCACCUGGGAGGGCACCAACGGCGAGUUCAAGAUGACCGACCCGGAUGAGGUGGCCAAGCGCUGGGGCGAGCGCAAGAGCAAGCCCAACAUGAACUAUGACAAGCUGAGCCGUGCCCUGCGCUACUACUAUGACAAAAACAUCAUGACUAAGGUGCACGGCAAGCGUUACGCCUACAAGUUUGACUUCCAGGGCAUCUCGCAGGCACACCAGAAUCACGCAGCGGAAGGGGGGAUUGUUAAGUACCCAACUGAGAUGUCUUACGUGCAGCCCUACCACAGCCACCAGCCCAAAAUGAACUUCAUGGGUGGCCAUCCUGCACCUAUGCCCGUCUCCCCCGGCAACUUUUUCAGCCCUCCGUCUACGUACUGGAACUCACCCAACAGCCCCAUCUAUCCUGGGUCAGCCAUGACCAGACAUCCCGCCACCCACUCCCACCUGAGCUCGUACUACUGAGGACGAUGCAUUUCACACCUGAACGGGACAAAACAAGAGACGAAUGCAAACAUUCACUCGAUCCAGGAUGCACCUGAGCUGAACCCGUCUGAAAUGAAGGUGAUAUGACGCUAUGGUCUGUUUUUAUAAAAAGGCAUUAUGAUGUUGUCUCUGUCACAUUCCUUCUCAAAAAGGACAAAACGUGAGGGUAAAUUAACUGCGAGGAAUGGAACAGUUUGGUUUUCUUCCCGAGAUUUUUAUGAAUACACUGAUAACACACUGUAUUAGCGGUUAUUCAGAUGUUAUGAAACCAAGUUUAUUUUGUAAGUACUUUCAUUUGUUCCUGUUGUAAAGACCAAAGUCAUAGCCUGUACUGUGCGAGUGGCACAACAGUUCUGAAACCUUGUUCUUUCCCACUUCAUAGGUCGAAACAACAGUUAUCACAUUCAAUUACCUGACAUUUGUAAAAGAGAAAUUGUACAGAAUGGUUAUGUAGCAAUGUAACAUUUAGUCAUGAUGUAAAGCUAAUAAAUGAUGCUUGUAUCUGAAAAA